GGCAGUCAAUCUGCAACCUUGCCAUGGAACUCACCUAUAUUCUUUUCGAAGUAGCUGUUGCUCUGCUGGCAUGUGCCUCCUUCUUUAUUCACCGCAGACUGACCUACUUUAAACGCCAAGGAGUCCCACACGAUGCUCCGCAUCUGCUGAGGGGCAACAUGGAGGGCUUCAACAGCACCCGCACCAUUCAGGAGAUCAUGCAGGACUAUUACAACAAAUAUCGGAACAGCAAGGCGCCCUUUGUGGGGUUCUACUUCUUCCAAAAGCCUUGCGCCUUCAUCAUGGAUCUGGAGCUGGUGAAGCACAUACUUAUCAAGGACUUCUCGAAUUUCUCCGACAAGGGUCAGUUCUAUAAUGAGAAAGACGAUCCCAUUUCUGCACAUCUCUUCCAUCUGGAUGGACCUCCUUGGCGAUCCCUUCGAAGCAAGCUCUCCUCCACUUUCACGUCAAGCAAAAUCAGGACCAUGCUUCCGGCAGUUCUUUCUAUCGGCAACGAUUUCAUUGCUGUAAUGCACGAAAAGCUGUCACGGACUUCAGUUCUGGAUAUCGGUGAGCUGACGGCCAGGUUUACGGUGGAUGUAAUUGGGACUUGUGCCUUUGGCAUCCAGUGCAACAGUCUACGGGACGAGAAAGCCGAGUUUCUCUACUUUGGCAAGAGGUCUUUGGUGGAUAAGCGCCAUGGCCCCUUACUCUUCAGCCUAAUGUUUAGCUACCCCAAACUGGCGAAACGCCUGGGUCUCAUAAGAACGGCUCCUCACAUCCAGAGGUUUUAUCAACGGAUUGUUUACGAAACAGUGGCACAACGUGAGAAAGAAAAUAUAAGACGAGACGACUUCAUGGAUCUACUGAUUGAUAUGAAAAAUCAAGAGGAAACACCAGUUGAAAAUGGCCAAGUGGUCAAGGGCCUGACCAUGGAGGAAGUCCUUGCCCAGUCCUUUGUGUUCUUUAUCGCCGGCUUUGAGACAUCAUCCUCCACCAUGGCAUUUGCUCUAUACGAGCUGGCAAAAAAUUCACAUAUUCAAGACAAGGUCAGGGCCGAAGUAGAGGAAUUCCUGGAAAGGCACAACCAGUUACUUACCUUUGAGAGCACCAAAGAUCUCAAGUAUCUAAACAUGGUUAUUAAGGAAACCUCUCGGCUUUACACAAUUGUGCCUAACCUGGAUCGAGUAGCUCUCAAGCGAUUUGUAGUUCCUGGCCAUCCCAACUUUGUCAUAGAAGCUGGCCAGUCGGUGGUUAUUCCCUCAUCUGCCAUACAUCACGAUCCCAGCAUCUAUCCGGAUCCUUAUAGGUUUCGCCCUGAGCGUUUCUCCCCUGAAGAGUCGGCCAAUCGCCCUUCAGUUGCUUGGCUGCCUUUUGGGGACGGUCCUCGUAACUGCAUUGGUCUGAGAUUUGGACAGAUGCAAAUUCGUAUUGGACUGGCCCUGCUCAUCAAAAACUUUAGGUUCUCCAUAUGCUCCAAGACCCAGGACCCAUUAAUUUAUAAUCCCAAGUCUGUUGCCCUCAGUGCUGUUGGCAUAAAUCUUAACGUUGAGGCUGCGGCUUGUCCGCCUUUACGUAAACAGUCGGUUCUGAACAACACCAUGGAGUUGACAUAUGUUCUCUUCCAAGUGGUGGUCCUACUCCUGGCAGUCGUCUUCUACGGCCUCUAUCGGAAACUGACGUACUUCAAGCGUCGUGGAAUCCCCCACGAUCCUCCGCAUAUCUUAAAGGGAAACAUCAAGGGUUACAACAGCUACAGGACUGCCAACGACAUCGUCCUGGACUACUAUAACAAAUACCGGGGUACCAAGGCACCCUUUGUGGGCUUCUACUUUUUCCAGAAACCCAUCGCCUUCAUAAUAGAUCUGGAUCUGGUGAAGCACAUACUGAUCAAGGACUUCUCCAACUUCUCGAACAAGGGACUGUACUGUAAUGAGAAAGACGAUCCCCUCGCGACCAAUCUCUUCUUUCUCGACGGAUCUCAGUGGCGGUUGCUUCGCAGCAAAUUGUCCCCGGCUUUCGGUUUCGGAAAAAUCAAGCUCAUGUUUCCCACAGUGAUGUCAGUUGCGGAGGAGCUGCUGGCGGUAAUGCAUGAAAAGGUGGAACAUAAUUCUGUGCUGGAUAUCCGGGACAUAAUGGCAAGGUUUACGGUGGAUGUGAUCGGUACCUGCGCCUUCGGCAUCAAGUGCAACAGUCUCCGUGAUGAGAACUCCGAGUUCCUGCACUUCGGGAAGCGCUCCUUAGUGGACAAACGCCAUGGUCCACUGCUGAAUGGAUUCAUGCACAGCUAUCCAAAAUUAGCGAGACAAUUGAGAUUUGUGCGAACGGCUCAGCACAUCCAAAAGUUCUACAAAAGGAUUGUGUACGAAACGGUAUCGCUGCGGGAAAAGGACAUCAGGCGAAAUGACUUUAUGGAUCUGCUGAUCGAUAUGAAAAACAAAAAGGAAAUUAUCUUGGAGAACGGAGAUGUGGUGAAAGGACUCACGAUGGACGAGGUGCUGGCCCAAGUCUUUGUGUUUUUUAUUGCCGGCUUUGAGACCUCCUCUUCCACCAUGGCAUACGCCCUGUACGAGCUCGCUAAAAAUCCAAACAUCCAAGACAAGGUCAGGAACGAAGUGGAGGAAGUCCUGGAGAACCAUAGCCAGGAGCUCUCUUUUGAGAGCAUUAAAGAUCUCAAAUACCUCAGCAUGGUUAUUGAUGAAACCUCUCGUUUGUACUCCGUUGCAUCCCAUCUGAUUCGAAAGGCCCACAGGCGAUACGUGGUCCCGGGACUUCCAAACUUUGUCAUUGAAGCGGGUCAGUUGGUCUUCAUCCCCUCAACUGGAAUACACCACGACCCCAGUAUCUACCCCAGUCCGAAUGAGUUCCAGCCAGAAAGAUUUUCGCCUGAAAUGGUGGCCAGUCGUCCUUCGGUUGCCUGGCUGCCAUUCGGAGAUGGUCCUCGCAACUGCCUAGGAAUGAGAUUUGGCCAGAUGCAGAUGCAUAUCGCACUGGCUCUGCUGAUCAAGAACUUUAAGUUCUCUACGUGCCCCGAGACGCCAGAUCCUCUAGUAUUCGAUCCCAAGUCACUCGUGCUCACUGUUUCCGGUGGAAUCCAACUGAAAGUAGAAGUGAUAUGAGAAUUUAGGUGCUAGAUAGAAAUACUUUUAGCAUACGAAAUGCAUAUAACUAUUAUCAGUCAAGCCGAAAUGCAUGGACUUGGGGAAGGUUAGGUUCGUGUGAAGGAUGAAAGACAAAGACUAAAAUGUGAAGAUAAGACAGUGACUAAGAUAAUGUAAAUACAAUAAUGAGAGCCCACAAUCAUGUGCAGGCAUUGAUGAUUCAUAGUCUAGAUCUCACAUUAAUUUUGAUAAGCGUGUUUGAAUUU